AUGCAGGGCGAGUACACUUCGUGCUCCUGCUCUGUGCUGACGGAGAGUUGCAGCUGCUCUGAGAGGACACAUCGAAGCGAUUACGACGGUGGCUGCAGCUGCAGCAGUGCCAGGCAUUCGGCAUCAUCAUCACAGUCUUGUUCUGCCGCGUCGUUGUGCAGUUGCUGUUCGUGCUCUGUGUACCCGUCAUGCUACUACUGCAGUGACACCGCGUCGAGUUUUUCAACCACUGACUCUCGUAAUCGUGCCGCGCCGUAUUCGUUCCGGAAGGAGUUGCUGAUGGAAGUUCCCAGGCUACUGCAUUUUUAUGCAGUGCCCCUUCCGUUAACCACAGCCAUGGAGCAUACGGAGCAGUCCGUCGGCGCUGUUGUUGUGCCUCCCGCGCUUUCGCCUCCGCCUCUUCCGUAUGCUACGCCACUCGCGUGGACGAGGGCAAACCGGUUAACGGUGUCGACCCAGACGGAGGGCAACGCGCCAGCAAAAAUAUUUUGUCACACACCAUCGCUGCAACGCUCUAUUGGGACAUGGACGACAUCGACAAUGACCACACGUGCAACGUCACCCAUAACAACUUUUCGCGUCAGUGCCGCCAACAACACGGAGAUCACAGGAGAGCAGUGGGAAGGGCAGACACAUGAGCUCCUGCGCAAGACUACCCUUCUGCAGGAGCACUCACAGCGUAACGAUUUUCUCGAGGGACGACACGUGUCUAUGGAACUCGCUUUAGCAGCGGCACACGAACGAAUAGGACAAGAGAAGGAGAGACACCAGACGACUGUUUCAUGUCUGACGGCAAUGAUGGGCGAGCACAGGCUAGAGCUGCAGCGAUUUGAGUCGACAUGUCGACAACGUCUGCUUGAUCAUGAAGCAGAGUCUCGGUCGAUGCUUUGCGCUCUGCAGGAGGGGUGGGGGUGUGCAACGCGGUCGGCACUGCAAACUCGCAGUGAACAUGAACAGUCGCUGCACGUCGCACAGAGAUGCUCGCAGCUACAGGAGGACCUUCUUCAGCAGCUUCUUCAAGACGAAGUGCGACACCGUGACGAGGUGAACAACGCCGAGUGGCAGUUUCGACUUUUGCUUUGGGAGUUAUUUGUUUUUGCGCAAAAGUGUCAACGUGAGUCAUUCCACGCUGUUACCGCAGUAAAUUUGGCAGUGGAGGAGAAGCAUGCAGCAGUACUGGCGAAGACAGCGGUGGAGGAUCGACUACGCGGUGCGUUGGAGCGCGAGAAGGAGCUUCGUCGUCAGUACCUGCAUGCGUUGCAUCUUCCCACCACUACCAUUGUUUCCUGUAGUCACCCGUCCAAUACGGCCGCCUCGGCAGAAGAGGACGUUCCAGUCCAUGCACGGUUUGCGCGUGCACACAGGGAGGCUGCAGAGGCCGUCCGCGCUCAGCGUCGCUUCUCUGUCGGGCAACUCCACGUCUUUUAA